GCCGCGGUUGCUGUUUGUUUUGUUAUUACAUCUGUCUGUCCUGUCCAUCAUUCUGUCACCGGCUUCAAAAUCAGAUUGAAAACAAAAACAUGUGAACAUCACGGCAUUGUCAACUGCCGUUUUCGUUAGGAGAUAGUCUCCUGAUGGUGAUAAUAAUCCGUAAAUCUCUAGUUCCGUGAACCAUGAUCAUAGCUUUGCAGACGUUGAUAUUUUUCCGGCAAACACUGCUGUCUGCAUUGGACCGGCUGAUUGGUCCUUACUACAAGCACCUGACGCUGACGUUUAGCAGAUACAACCCCGAGGAUGAGGAUGAGGAAGAGGAGGUAUUCGCGGAGUUUGACGACGAGAAGGGCGUGGUGUUUUACCCGCCGGUGUACGUUCAGCGGUACGCGGCAGUCAGUGACUGUCUGAUGGACGAGCGGUGGCGCGGGAAGCUUGAAAAGGUGGUUGACCUAGGUUACCAUGACAUGAGUUUCAUCAAAUACCUGAAGGAGGUGCAAGGUAUCCGUUGUAUAAUGGGAGUGGACAUUGAAAGCAUCCCUCUCCGCUGCUCGUCCGAACUGCUCGGCUGUGAAGAAUAUGCACCGAAGAGAGAAAGCCCACUACAAGUCACUCUAUUCCAAGGUAAUGCUGCAGAUCCCGAUUACAGGCUUAUUGGCUGUGAUGCAGUGAUAGCCAUAGAGAUGAUUGAACACAUGUUACCGCACGACCUGGACAGACUUGUGCACACAGUCUUCGGAUUCAUCAAGCCAUGGAUUGCCAUCUUCACCACACCCAAUUCCGAUUUCAACCCGCUGUUUAAGUCUUUAGAGAAGAAUGGACUGCGACGGCUGGACCAUUUCUUUGAGUGGUCCAGAGAACAGUUUCAUGACUGGUGCAGUAACAUAGUGACUCGCUACCCCCAGUUCACGGUGACCUGCUUGGGCAUAGGCCCUGGACCUCCAGGCACACAGCACCACGGCUGCUGCAGCCAACUCGCACUGUUCAUCAACAAGAACUACGUCAAACAACAGGAUCUUAACAUCAAUAGCUUGGCGCUGGUGUCAAAUGUCCCUUCUCCACACAACAUCACAGAUGUGAUCGGAGGGUGGGAGAGUCCAAUUAAUGAUCCAAUUAAUGAAAAUAACCUAAUUUAUCCAGAAAACAACGAGUCCUUAACAGACUUCCUUUACUCCAACAAACAAUCCUGUGUUACCAUCGUCAUAACUUCCCCUGCGUUCUCUCUCCCUGCUUUGGAAUACCGUGAUAAAACGUCGCAAUGCAAUUUGGACUCUGAGUUCGGGAAGAACUUCCUCAUGUUUAACGAAGAGGAGAUGUGCAUCAGCGUGCUUGUCCCUCGGAGGAAGAUGGAGAGCCGGGUGUAUGAGAUUGAGGAUAUCAAUAGCAGAUUGAACUGCACAACUUUUCAAGUUACCAAAUUCUCGAAGACGACCCAAAAUUUGAUGGCGAAGAACAAGUUAGACUCGUUAGUCCAUACUAGAGAAGUCGUGAACGAGAUCAGACAUUUGACCAGAAUGCUCAAUUUUAACAAAGAACCGUUGACUCAGAGGGGUGAGCGUGGGUACGUUUGGUGCAAUAUCAACUGGGGUGAUGACGCUCCGUACUGGAACCAGUACUACAAAGUUGUUAGGGAGUUCAAUUAUCCGUUUGAGACCAAAUCGGAUGAGAGUCGUGUAUUGGAUUUGAUAUCGGAGGAAAUAAACCGUAUGAUAGACGCUCAAUACGAUGAAGAGUUCUCCACUGAAGUCAACAAGCUGGAAAUUCCUAUGGACCACCUGAUGAGGGUGGUGCGACACAUCACCAAUGAUGUUGAGAAAGUCAAGGAUUUGCUGGAAUGGAACGGCUAUGAGAUAGUGGACAACGUGGUGGUUCACUCGCGAAUGGUGGUCAACGGAACUUCUAUGGGGUCGUGUGACGACGACUGGCCAGACAACGACACCGUCUCAGAUCUCGAUACUACGGAUGUUCAUUCCACUUCUAUUUCUGAUGGAAGUACUAUCGCGGCAGAUUACCAUGGUUCGAUUUUUACCUUACAACAAAGCCGUUGUCUCCACCGCGCUCUCGAUAAGAAAGUUCGAGAACUCCGCACGAUGUUGUCUGCCGACGAAGACAUUACUUCGGAGUUGGACCGUGUGGUAUGCAGGCUGAUGAAGCUAGCUCUACGGAGUAGCAAGGGCAAGCAGACGCCGCCGCCGACCCGCUGGAUGCAGUGCAAACUGCUAGACCUCCUCACAUUGACUGAGAAGUCUAUAUCGAGGCGGAGACGGCAAUAUCUGGACGGAAUCACGCUGAAAGCUCUUGGUUACGGUCACGAAAAUACAAUAUCCAAGGACUAUAUUGCCUUUGAACGUUUGAAAAGAGACGACCGCACAGUGAGAAAUAUUAUGAAUAAAUAUAAUCAUUUGAUCGAGGUAGCAGAAAUUCGACAGAACUAUGACCCCUUGGGUUUUGGCUUUGAAGAUGACUUAAUGGACCAGGAGAGCAACGACUUUUUUAAAGAUUUCGAAUUCAGUGAAGUAAGAUAUUCUAUUCAAACAGAAACAGAAAUAGUGAAUGACGUUGAAGAAAACUUCACUAAUGAGGAAGCUCGAGCUUGGAUGGAGCAAAACAAUAUAGAAAUCGUUCCCUACCCUGAUCAUACCAAAACAGGGUUAAGCUCUUCCGAUCAAAGCACGUCAAAUGGCGUGCGACACAGACACAAGAAAUCUCGCAAACGGGGACCGAAAGUCGACAAACCUUGUAAAAGGUCUCACAGCAUAAUACGAGACGAUAAAACUAACGACCAAAUGAAAAACAGGAACAGUAAAACGAGUCUUAUGAAAACUGUUACACGAAAAAAAUCCGCAGCCAGCAAUAUGGCCAGAAAUUAUAGCAAGAAACUGGCAAAUGAGUUUAGGCAUUACGGAAUAAAAUCCAAAAGAGUGAUAAAAGAACACAAAAAGUUGCAGCCUACGGCUUCUAAACCAAUUCCGGGUAGUCUGAUCGAGCUUUGUCAUCCGGAAUUGAACACACAGAACAGUCACAAGAGGAGUGACCGCGGUCUGACAAAAACGCAUUACAGUGAUGUUGCUGCUACGGAAGAAAGUGUUCUUAUUGAUAUAAUUAUGGACGAUAUGGAAGAAACAAUAGCUUUACGUCGUUCUAUAGGAACCGAUGCCGACAUGGAUUUUGCUGUUAUGGACCAAGAAGAAGUUUUAGACAACGUUGAAAACAUUGCAAAAGAUAGUAUUCACGAUAAAUUGCAAAUGACAUCAGAAAAUGUUCAGUCUCAAACGAUAUUUUUAUAUGAUAUCAAUGAACCGAGCACGUCCAAAGGGGUGCGUCAUGUUAGUAUGGACGUACAGUGUGGCACAGACCCGAUGACUCCUGCCACAUUUGGCGCGCUUACACCACCGUCAUCUGUCACCAAAAUACCUAAUGUAUUCUCGAAUGGAAUAACAAUAGGAGAUUCCUUAACAAAUGUAACUUCGAAAGGCAAUAGCUUAAAUUUUGGACCCUCUAAUAAUAACGAUAUUCAGAAUUUUGGACCAGUAUGUUCCAGAGUAAAACCAAUUUUUUCGAAAGGAAUCAAAAUUGAAGAUUCCCCAGAUAACAUUUUCGCGAAGAGGCAUACUGAUUUAAGCACUUCCACAGAUGGCCGUAACCAAACAUCGGCUAUGCGUACAAAAAAAAUGGGAAUUAAUUCAGAAUGUGGCACUUAUACGCAAAACCUAUAUGACAAGGGAACUUUGUCUCCAACACUCAAAAGCUCUGGAGUCAUGACUGAUGGAAAUAUUGCAGACCGUUACCGGCAUUCACAUGAAUUAUCUCAAGCUUUUACUAAAGGAAUUGAAGGAGUCAAACUAAGUCCAUUGAAGUCUGACGUACUGCCUAAGAAAAGUAUUGAUUUUGGUACGUCACCAAAUGAUAUUGUUACCGUCGCCGAAGAAAAUGUUACUAUAAGCGCUAGACCUCAGUCCCCGGAUGCUUUUACUCGAAGUAGAAGAAAUGAUUCGCUUUCAAAUAUAUUAUCUAAUUUUAAUACUUUUGCGAAUCGUCGUGGUUAUACGGGUCGAGGCAGUCCCCCUGGAAGAUCGCCUAUUAGGUACUCUACAGGUGUUAGAAUCCACGAUUCGAUACCGGAAAUAGGAAUCAAUUCAGAUAUUGGUGCUACAGAGAUGGAAAAGGAAUGUGAAAUGUGCAGAACAAUAAGCCCCCGAGUGAAAUCUCCAGUAGUUUUUAAAUAUAAAAUUAGAAAUUUACUAACUGGUGCGGGGUCAAGCCAUACUGAUGUUGGCACGUAUACCAAUGAAAGAGACUCGAAACGCGUCGAACAGUCAUCUGAAGUUAGCGGUUCUUUAACUGAUUUGACUAAAUAUAAUACGUCCUGUGGGACAAAUGAUGAUGCUAGUCGUUGCACAGAUUCUCCAAGAAAUAUAAAGAUUGGAGAUUCGUUUUCAGAUAUGAAACAACAUAAUGAAGAUACAUAUGCAAAUACAAUGAAAUGUGUGAAUAGAUCAUUAACGUUAUCGCCGAAAACAAUAAGUUUUGGUAUUAAAGUUAAAGAUUUUGAUGCGAAUGUUAUAAAAAAAUUAGAGAUUUCUACAACUCGCGUUGAGUUAAUGUCAGAUUGCCAGCCUUAUUUAUCUCCAAAACACUUAGGGUCUCCUACAAAGACAGAGUUGCUGAAGCCAGUAUCGAGUACAAUGAAAACAGAGGACUCUUGCUCAGAAUAUUGUGGAAGCAACUACUAUAGUCCUCUACGUGUUGAAACAAAUUCAUCCAUACAUACAAGUGAUCUCGGGGUUAAGGAAUCCUCAAGCAGAGAUGUUGCGGUGAACAAUAGCGUGUCGCCGACUAGAGCACUGCGACGAAAAUUGAGCUGCGGUGGCAUUCAUAUACAUAGCUACAAAGAGAAACAAGUCUGUGAAGAUAUUGUGUACCAAGGAGAAUGGCAGCGACAAGUGCCCCAAAUUCCAAGAAAAAAGAUUAUUCCUGUAAUUAUGAAAAAAGUACCUGAAAUAUCAUCGGAGAGAAUAAAUGGCAGAAAAGCCUUUUCGAGGGAUAGAAUACAGUUAAGAAAGCAAGAAAAAAGGCACGAGAUGAAAAUUGAGCAGAAGAAAUCAGUGCAAAUACGAAAUAUUAAAGUGGUUAAACUGAAACAGGAAGUUGUUAAUAAAACUGAACAAUUGAGAAAAGUAACUCGCCCCAGUUCAGUGAAAUCUAAAACCAAUUAUAAAAAAUCAUCAAUACCAACUCUGAUCAAAACAGCGAAAGUAAAUAAUAAAAAUGUUACAAAGGUGUCAUCUAAAAUAACAAUGAGGCAAGUAAACUAUUACUUAGGUACUUUAUUAUUGCAAAAAAUGAAUCUAUUAAGACAAUCCUUUUUAAAAUUGACAUUAUUUUUUUAGUCUGUUCCACCUAAAAAUACUAGAAAUGUGCACAUUGCGAAAAAACCUACAACAAGUGUGUCUUCGUACAUGAAAAAGGAUUCUGAUAUCAAAACAGAACCAAUAAAAAAAGAUUUGGUCAAAAAGUCUUAUUUGCCACCAUAUUUGAGAAAAAAAAAGUUAAUGUCCAACCAGAAUAAUUUUAACCAGAGCAAUGAUUCAACCAAUACAAUAAUUAAGGUUAAUAAAGUAUCCACAAAAGAACAAUUGGUUACUAAUACACGAAUUAACACUGAACGAUUAAAAACUGAUUUAAUCAAAUAUCACAAUAUCCCUUAUAAUGAUAUAAGUUACAUAGUGUUUCGUAACGAACUUGAGAAUACAAAUUUAAAUGUCACUAAUAGUCAGACGACAGAUAAUACAACCAAGACGGGAACUAGCAGUAGAAGAAUUAAUUCAAAUAAUCGGUCUUCUAGUCCUAUGUCACUAAAUAGUUCAACAUGUUCGACACCGGACAGUGUAGCAACAGUUCGAGCAAUGUCAACUCGAUCAAAAGUAUCGACCAGGCGACAUUCAACAUCUUCUAAUAAAAGCAGCAUGGGAAACACUGAUUCUGAGACAGCUCCACCACGAAACAGAAAAUUGACUAAAAGAAUAAAAACGAAUAAAAAGCCAGAUGUAAAAGAUAAUAACAAAGAGAAUCUUCCUGAGUCAUCCACAAAAUGUCCUGAAAAAGGACUGCAAAUUGUUAAAAGUGCAUUCGGUCGCAGUAAAAAAGUAUUUAUGGCUCAAUUCGCGACUGACAGUAAUAUAGGUAUUAACAUUAAACAUCAAACUCCAACAAAAUCUAGUGUGAAAAUUCCAGCAAUAGAAAAUAAUGAAGAUAAAAAAAGACUAAAGGCUCCAAAUGUUUCCAAGAAAACAUCCUCGCAGUCACAUGAUUCUGCAUAUGCUGAUGAUAAAAAAAGUCAAGGUAGUCCUGCGUCCGAGAGUUCAAACAUGGUGUUUUUGUUAGAACCUUGUACACAAUUUCCUUUAGUUCAGGAAAGUGUAUCUCAGGCUGCAACAUCCGAAGAGCAAGUGGACGUAGUGAAAGUGGUUGACAGCGAUUUAUUGACUGAAUGGCUUGAAAGUGGUAAUGCUGUGGAGAGAGAUAACACAGAGAAGGCUAUUUUAGCGGCUAUGAGACAAAUUGUGGAAGAAAGAUUGAAUUUUAUAGACAGUUCAACAAAUGAAGUAUACGCCGUAGAAACAACAAGCACUUUUGAGGAAAAAAAUGAUACUGACGACAAUUCUUCGCUAAAGAGCUAUAAGACAGUAAUUCUAACAAGUGCAGGUGUAAUGGAUUUAAAUAAUACAUUGACCAGCGAGAUAGAAAAUGUUAUGAAUCAUAGCUUAGAUGCUAUCACGGGUGACGAAUCGGGGACCAGUUUAGGAUACGAAACUGGAACAAAUGAAUUGGAUUUACUGUCAUUUAAAUCUAUAACUUCAACUCCAAGAUACUCAGAGUACUUCUCAGCUGACAAUGAACGAACUGGAGACAAUACAGAUGCAUCGUCACCUCGAGCGGAAACCUCUGUUCGGGACAUAUUUGAGAGGAAAGACCUCAAUUUCGUUCAGCCUACUCCUGGAAUUCUUGCUGUCCAAGCUUUUAGUGGGUUUUCAAUGAAUGAAGAACCAGUUGUUGGCGAUCAACCGGAUUAUGUAAAUCUUGUAGAUUCCGAGACUGGUAGCGUUGCCGUGGAUUAUACGAGACAAGCUACAUCAGAAGAAUUAUUCGUGUCAGGCAGGUCAUCUGAGAGUUACGAAUCUUGCGUUAUUGACGAGGACGCAGUUGUUCCAAAUUGGCUUUUCAAUAUAAUGAAUCGUCAGCAAUCGGUUGACGAAGAAGAGGAAGAAGAGGAGGAUCAUCAGGAAUUGGUGCCCUUGCCUAUGCCGCUUGUGGAUCCGGUGUAUGACGUGAAUGGGAACGUGGUGGAGCCUGGUAUAGGACUGGGUGCGGGCGCUGGCGAUGGCCGUGGUAUGCAUAGUGACCACUCGCAGGAUAGCUCAGGCCGCGGCUCCUCGCUUAGUACUACUGAUACUUCUUCAGGCCAACAGAGUGAGGCGAUUCUAAUCGACCCGUCAGCAUUCACGGCGCAGUUCGAGCUAAUGCACGAGCCGAUUAGCAGUUCUAUGGCGGUCACUACACUGGUGGUCCCCGUGGAAUCGCCCGAGGCUCUGGCGCUUCGACAAGGAGGGACUGAAGGUCAGCAGAGCAGUACUCGCAAUGAGGGCGUGAGGUUGCCAAACCCCCUGCUGCUUACGAGCGAUGGUGAAGCAGACGUGAGUUCUCUGGACACGGACGACGCGCCCGGUGACGCUGACGUCCGAGACUCCUCUGACAACUAAAGGUUUGACGUUUAAACAUUUGUUUUUCUCCGUGUAAAUUUUGACCAAGGAACGGCUACAUUCGGCCACGUGUGUUAUGUUUGAAAUUGUGACGCAACGUUUCUGGCUUUGCAAAGUUAUUGUGAGAAGUUGACAUUGAAAUAAAUUAUUGUACUUUC